CAGGAAACUGAAACUGAUCUGCUGUUGAGCUGUUCUUUGUGUGUCUGAAUUGUUGUAGAUGCAGUAAAAUGGCUGAAGCCAGUGUUUUUUCAGAGGAGCAGUUCAUCUGUCCAGUGUGUCUGGAUGUACUAAGUAAUCCAGUGACUAUUCCCUGUGGACACAGUUACUGCAUGAGCUGCAUUACAGACUGCUGGGAUCAAGAGGAUCAAAAGAGAGUCUACAGCUGCCCUCAGUGCAGACAGACCUUCAGUCCAAGACCUACUUUAGGUAAAAACACCAUGCUGGCUGAAGUGGUGGAGAAACUGAAGAAGACUAAAUUAAAAGCUGCUGUUCCUGCUGGACCUGGAGACGUGGAGUGUGACAUCUGUACUGGAAGAAAACACAAAGCUGUCAAGUCCUGUCUGGUGUGUCUGGAGUCUUACUGUCAAACUCAUUUUGAGCGUCAUGAGGAGUUUCGCUCAGGAAAGCGACAUAAGGUGACUGAUGCCACUGGACGACUGCAGCAGAUGAUCUGCCAUCAACAUGAUAAACUUCUGGAGGUUUUCUGCCGUACUGACCGGCAAUACAUUUGCCUGUUGUGUGCAAUGGAUGAACAUAAAAACCAUGAGACUGUAUCAACUGCAGCAGAGAGGACAGAGAAGGAGAAACACUUGCAAGAGACACUGAAAAAAAUCCAGCAGAGAAUCCAGCAGAGCCAGAAAGAUCUUGAGCAGCUGAGAGAGGCUGUGGAGUCUCAUAAGCGCUCUGCACAGACAGCAGUGGAGGACAGUGAGAGGAUCUUUACUGAGCUCAUCCGCUCCAUUGAGAGAAGCCGCUCUGAGGUGACACAGCGGAUCAGAGAUCAGGAAAAGGCUGCAGUGAGUCGAGCUGAAGAACAAAUGGAGCGACUGGAGCAGGAGAUUGAUGAUCUGAAGAGGAGAAACACUGAGCUGGAGCAGCUUUCACACACAGACGAUCACAUCCAUUUCCUGCAGAGUCUUCAGUCUCUCUCAGCUCCUGCUGAAUCUACAGACAACAUCACUGCCAGUUUCCUCUUUUCGUUUGAUGAUGUGAGAAGAUCUGUCAGUCGGCUGAGACAGAAAAUGGAGUAUAUCUGCAGAAAAGAUCUGAAAAAGAUUUUAGUCUCUCACAGUUGCGCUGAUCCGAGGACCAGAGAGAACUUCCUACAGUAUUCCCAUCGGUUCACGCUGGAUCCAAACACUGUAUAUAAACUCCUCCAUCUGUCUGAGAGGAACAGAGCGGUGACUAACACUGGCACACACCAGCCAUAUCCUGACCAUCCAGACAGAUUUGAUGGAUAUCCUCAAGUGUUGUGUAGCGAGAGUGUGUGUGGACGCUGUUACUGGGAGGUUGAGUGGAGUGGGAGUCGUGGUGUGGGUAUAUCAGUGUCAUAUAAGAGCGUCAGCAGAAAGGGAUCUAGUGAUAAGUGUUUAUUUGGAUUUAAUGAUCAGUCAUGGAGACUGAUCUGCUCACCCUCCAGUUUCUUAUUCUGGCACAAUAACAAACCAGUUACACUCCCUGUUCCCUCCAGCUGCUAUCGAAUAGGAGUGUAUGUGGAUCACAGUGCAGGAACUCUGUCCUUCUACAGAAUCUCUGACACAAUGAGCCUCAUCCACACAGUCCAGACCACAUUCACUCAGCCACUCUAUCCUGGGUUUCUGGUUGGUCAUAAAUCAUCAGUGAAACUAAUGCAUACUCGUAGAGGCCCUGAUCUGUCGACAGAAUUCUUGCCAGAAACGGGAGACAAACUGGGGACCCCUAUCAGAAACCACAUCGACCGGAAGACCAUGGAUCCGGAAGACGUGAUCAAUUACCAGUUGAGCUGUCUCCUUGGCAGAGGGGAGUUUGGGCAGGGGAACAAAAUGAACCGCCUUAGAGAAGCGAUCCGCCACCGCCUCCUGAGCCUGAGCACUCCAGGUGAACGGUACCUUGAUGGACGUGAGUGCAGCUACCUGGCCAAAGUUCCUGAUGAAUUGCCGGUAGAAGUUGGCGAAACCCAAGAAACGCUGCAGAGCCUUUCUAGUGUCGGGAACUGGCCACUCUGCAACAGCCUUGACUUUAGCAGGAUCAGGCUUAAUCUCCCCAGGCGACACAACAUAACCCAGGAACAAGACCGACUUGGCAUGGAACUCGCACUUCUCCGCCUUGACAUAGAGCUGGUUCUCCAGCAGCCUUUGGAGGACCUGGCGCACGUGCUGAGUGUGUACCUGAAGGGAUGGGGAAAAGAUGAGAAUAUCAUCGAGGUACACAAAGACAAACUGGUUAAUUAUGUCCCCCAACACGCUAUUGACCAUGCCCUGGAAGACAGUGGGGGCGUUAGUAAGCGCAAAGGGAAGGACCAGACCGCCGCCCACGCAGGAGUGCUACCUUCCUCAACCAGGCUCCAGCGGUCGGAGUGGGCGGGGAUUCCUCUCCGGGCGACUCCCUCUCGCAACGCCACCGGACCGGGGACAGAGAAACCGGAAUUUAGUCGACAGCCUCAACCAACCGCAGGUGUUGAGCUGUUCUUUGUGUGUCUGUAUUGCUGUAGAUGCAGUGAAAUGGCUGAAGCCAGUGUUUUCUCAGUGGAGCAGUUCAGCUGUCCAGUGUGUUUGGACCUCCUGAAGGAUCCAGUGACUAUUCCCUGUGGACACAGUUACUGUAUGAGCUGCAUUACAGACUGCUGGGAUCAGAAGAGAGUCUACAGCUGCCCUCAGUGCCGACAGACCUUUAGUCCAAGACCUGCUUUAGGUAAAAACACCAUGCUGACUGAAGUGGUGGAGAAACUGAAGAAGACCGUUGAGAAAUUAAAAGCUGUUGUUCCUGCUGGAUCUGGAGACGUGGAGUGUGACAUCUGUGCUGGAAGAAAACACAAAGCUGUCAAGUCCUGUCUGGUGUGUCUGGAGUCUUACUGUCAAACUCAUUUUGAGCGUCAUGAGGAGUUUCACUCAGGAAAGCCACACAAAGUGACUGAUGCCACUGGACGACUGCAGCAGAUGAUCUGCCGUCAACAUAGUAGGCUUCUGGAGGUUUUCUGCCAUAGUGACCAGCAGUGCAUUUGCCUGUUGUGUGCAAUGGAUGAACAUAAAAACCAUGAGAUUGUAUCAACUGCAGCAGAGAGGACAGAGAAAGAGAAACACUUGAAGGAGACACAGAGAAAAAUCGAACAGAGAAUCCAGCAGAGCCAGAAAGAUCUUGAGAAGCUGAGAGAGGCUGUGGAGUCUCAUAAGCGCUCUGCACAGACAGCAGUGGAGGACAGUGAGAGGAUCUUUACUGAGCUCAUCCGCUCCAUUGAGAGAAGCCGCUCUGAGGUGACACAGCAAAUCAGAGAUCAGGAAAAGGCUGCAGUGAGUCGAGCUGAAGGACAAAUGGAGCAACUGGAGCAGGAGAUUGAUGAUCUGAAGAGGAGAAACACUGAGCUGGAGCAGCUUUCACACACAGACGAUCACAUCCAUUUCCUGCAGAGUCUUCCGUCUCUCUCAGCUCUUCCUGAAUCUACAGACAACAUCACAGGCAGUUUCCUCUGUACAUCUGAUGAUGUGAAAAAAUCUGUCUGUCAGCUGAGACAGAAAAUGGAGGAUUUUUGCAAAGAGUAUCUGAAAAAGAUAUUGGUCACUCACAGUAACAUUGUUCCCAGGACCAGAGAAGACUUCCUACAAUAUUCCCAUCAAUUCACUCUGGAUCCAAGUACUGCACAUAAACUCCUCCGUCUGUCUGAAGGGAACAGAUUGGUGACUUACACUGGCAUACCCCAGAUGUAUCCUGAUCGUCCAGAAAGAUUUGAUGGAUCUCUUCAGGUGUUGUGUAGAGAAAGUGUGUGUGGACGCUGUUACUGGGAGGUUGAGUGGAGUGGGAGUCAUGGUGUGGGUAUAUCAGUGUCAUAUAAGAGCAUCAGCAGGAAAGGAUCUGGUUGUGAGUGUGUGUUUGGAUGCAGUGAUCAGUCCUGGUGUUUGUUGUGCUCUCCUUUCAGUUUCUCAUUCUGGCACAAUAAAAAACAGACUAAACUCCCUGUUCCCUCCAGCUGCUAUCGAAUAGGAGUGUAUGUGGAUCACAGUGCAGGAAUUCUGUCCUUCUACAGAAUCUCUGACACAAUGAACCUCAUCCACACAGUCCAGACCACAUGCACUCAGCCGCUCUAUCCUGGGUUUGGGGUUGGUUUUAAAUCAUCUAUGAAGCUGUGUGAUUUUUAUUGAUACAGUCUCCUCAUUCCAAACGUUCAGUAAACUGAACACAUUGGAUUUUUACUGGACAUAUUUCAUAUUUGUGUAAUGCAACCGUUUGGAUACCAGGCUGAAUUCUGGAAAGAUUUUUUGGCCAGUUUAGAAAUAAGAUUAGAAAUGGCUGCAUGUGAAAAUGACACUCCACAUCUCUUACACUGGCUGAAAAGUAAAAUUUUAUUAUAUCAUGUUUUACCUGAACAUUGUUGUCUUACUGUUAUAAAAUUUGAGAAGAGUGUCAGUAUUACACGUAUCGCAUGUUUGCACAAUUACACCUGCAUAAGAAUAGGACUACUGUGUAAAAUGCUCCAGGAAAUAAUGAAUCAUGUUAAAUCCAUGUUUGUUUGUUUGAUUAUGUGUUUUUGUAAAUUAAAUAACAUUUUAGAUAUUAUUAGAUUGCUAAUAAUCAUAAUAGUCAGAUUAAUCUAUUCUAUAGAAUUG